AUGGCAGACUUGAUCAGUGGCUACAGUGAUUUGGAAAAUAAGACAGGUUGUAACAAGGACAUACAGACACUGUGGGAGGUGUUGCAGGCAGGAAAAGCCCACAGGCUGAGCACGGAGGAGAGGGAGCAGCUGCUGCCAAACCUGAGAGCUGUGGGGUGGAAUGAGGUGGAAGGCAGAGACGCCAUCUUCAAGGAGUUCCACUUCAAGGACUUCAACCGGGCCUUUGGCUUCAUGACCAGAGUGGCUCUACAGGCAGAAAAACUGGAUCACCACCCUGAAUGGUUCAACGUGUACAAUAAGGUUCACAUCACCUUGAGCACCCACGAGUGUGGAGGGCUGUCGGAGCGGGACAUCAACCUGGCCAGCUUCAUCGAGCAGGUCGCAGCUUCCCUCUCCUGAGCUCUGGAGAGACAUGAAGCCCAAAAGCCACUGUGCCACUGCCACAACCCGUGUCCAGACAGCUGCCCCCAGAGCCUUGUCCUGCUUCCAGGCUACAUCCUGGGAUCCAGACUGCCUGACACCUCACCCAUCCCCCUGCCCCAGCUCACCUGGAUGGAGGCCCUGCUCAGGGUGCAUAUACUGAGCUUGCAAAUUCCACCCAUAAAACCUUCCUUAGCCACGUGCUCCCAGCCCACCAAGUGCUGAGCCUUUCACCAGGAAUCAGUCAUAUCACAGAAACACAGACUGGUUUGGGUGGGAAGGGACCUUAAAGAUCAUCUCAUUCCAACCCCCUGCCAUGGGCAGGGACACUUUCCACUAGCCCAGGU